AUGUUUCCCCGGUCUCUCAUACUGUUGGCUUCGGCUGGUGCGGCUGUUGCGCAACUGGUGCCUGAAUGCGAGCACGUUGCGGACGUGGCUGCACUCUUCCAAGCUGACGACGGCAAGACUUACUGCUCAUCCAUCCUCAGCGUCGGCACUGUUACCGACACUGUUGUUGAGUCUGUCACCGCCACGGAGACCACAACGAUCACCAUCCCCAGCCAGGUCACGCUCAGCAUGACCACUACUCAGACCGACACUGUGAGUAGUGGCACUGUAACGGAAACGGCUCCUACCGCCACUGCUACCACUACUUUCACGGAGUCAAACACGGUCUAUUCUUGCACCACCGAGAUCGCUCGUCGUGGCCUUGAAGCCCAGUCGACCUCCUGCACCAAGAGCAAGAUCACAACUACUCCUACGCCUGUCCAGACCUCCACCACCUGUACCAAGAGCAAGACCUCGACUACCCCUACUCCAGUCAAGGCUUCCACAUCCUGCACUUCUAGCCAACAUGCUACGGCUGCCUAUGGUACUUCGCAGCCUGCCGCCGCUUCCAGCGCUCAGGCCGAUUACUACGCUUCUAGAUCUUCCCAGGCUGCGUAUUCACCUAGCCCUAUCUACGGUGAAUCUUCAGCUUCUACCUACCCCGAGUCUACUGCCGAGGGCUACUCUGCAAUAUCCUCGCAAUACUUCCAGGUGUCGAGCUCUGCUCCAUACCCUGCUUCUACUCCGGGUGUUUACUCCUCUGUCUACUACAAUGCCUACCCUGAGGCGUCUUCGGCCGCAUACGAGGAGUCAUCUUCCCAGUACUACUCCGCUUCCUCUCUCGAGUCGUACUCGGAGUCUACUCCUGAGGCUUACCCACUGACCUCGAGCGUUUACGAGCAGAUCAGCUCUUCGCUUGCGUACCCCACAUUCUCAAGCUACUCUGAGUACCCUGAGGAGUCUAUCUACUCUUCUGUCUACUACUCAAGCGGGAUCAUCACCUCUAGCGAGAUCUUCUCCGACAUCUACACUCCAUCUCCCACCCUUACUCCCACCCCUACCCCAGCCCCGUCUUGCGAUACUGCUCCUACGGCUGUCCAGAAAUUCGGCUGUGACACCGUAUCUGCAGCAUGCGGCUGCUUGGGACUGGUAUCAGCUACUGCCCAGGUCACCACUACCACUACUCUGACUGAGGCUGCAUACAUCACUGAGGCCAUGCUCUUCACCACGACCACGCAACUGACUGAAAUUGUAUAUACUAUCGUACCUGCGACCACCGAGACUGUCACUCCCUCUGUCACAGUCACAGCCACGGCCACGGCCACGGCCACCGUCUGCCCCUGUUCCGGCUCGACCUCCCUCUGCGGCACGACCCCAGACACAUGCAGGGACCUCCAGGCCGACACAAGCAACUGCGGCACCUGCGGCAACACCUGUGGAACGGGCGAGACCUGCAGUGCGGGCAAAUGCGAGAAGCCCGCAAUCCCCGAGACACCCAGCUGCGUAGAGUCCAAAUGCUCCAAGUACAUAUACUGCGGAAACGGCAACAGCUGUCUUUGCGCUGCUACCUCUACCGGAAAGGGUGUCUGCAUUAAGGGCUCCACGCCGUGCAGCAGCCCGAAAUGCACUGUCCAAUCGGACUGCGCUACUGGUCAGGUGUGCGCCAUCAACACGUGCUGCGGAAAGGGCAUCUGUGUUUCUCCCACGAACGUGUGCGAGAACGCUGCCACGCCGGUCAAGAUGUUUAGGAGGAGGACUUGGGAUGGUGAGACUGUUGGUGGUGGUAUGUAA